AUGCAACGCUUCCUGCGCAGCCCUCCGCAGUACCCUACCUCGCCGUCGGACUCGGAGCCGAACCACUCACCACUGCUGCGCAGCCUGUACUACCCGACAAGCUACGAGCUGCUCUCGCCGCUCUCGCUCAAUGAGCCGCAGCCGCGGUAUCGCAAACGCAGCUUCCACGACCUCGACGACGACAUCUCGCAGGACCGCCGGUCCGCUGAGCUGGCCGCGCGGCUCGCGCUGCUUCUUCACGCCCGCCGGUGCUUUCGAGACGACUGCCUCGUGCCCAACUGUGCGACCGCCAAAGGCGUGCUUGAGCACUGCCAAGAAUGCGGCAUCGGCCUCGGGAAGUGUCAUGGCUCGUGCAACCAAGCCAAAGUUCUCCUCAAGCAUUACCGUGUCUGCAAGGCAACUGCACUACCGUGUCAGCUCUGCGCAACGCUGCGCAAGGACCACGACUGGGCUAUCGUCGAGUAG